GUGAUUUUGAUUUUGAUUUUGAUUUUGACUUGGUACUGGAUUAGUCAAGUAUGCUAUAUAUUAAGACUACUUUAUGAACGGUCACAGGGCCUCAGAUUACAAGUACUAUGCUUGCUAGAACAGUACCACCCACUGACAAAGGGGUUGUCAGCGCAGUAUGCGAUGCUUACAGCUCCAUUGCGAGGGAAGGCGCACACACAGCAUAUGCUGAAACAGUCGCAGAGGCAUUCGGAUACACCGUGGAACAGCUGAAGUCCAUCCCAGCAGAAUCCAAUAUGGGACUCAGCUGUGGAAAUCCCGUGGCCGUGGCAUCUGUCAAAGAGGGAGAAACUGUUCUUGACUUGGGCUCUGGUGCUGGCAUCGAUGUUUUCCUUGCAGCCCAGAAAGUCGGUCCUAAGGGGCAGGCCAUCGGUUUGGACAUGUCAACAGAUAUGAUUAAUCGAGCGCGUAAGAAUGCCUUCAAGCAAGGGUAUAGACCGCCUCAGGUAGUCUUUAUCCAGACGGAGCUGACACAGCCCCUACCUGUGGCAACCGCCUCCGUAGAUUGCAUCUUGUCCAACUGUGUGAUUAAUUUGCUUCCUGAUGCAGGGAAAGCAGCUCUCUUGAAAGAGUGUUAUAGGGUCCUCAAACCUGGUGGACGUCUUGUGAUUGACGAUAUCAUCGCGAAGAAGCUGCUUCCGGAUAUCAUCCGAUCCGACUUUUCGGCGUACAUCGGAUGCAUAUCCGGGGCGCUUCAGUUGGAACAAUACAGGGCUCUUAUAAAGCUUGCUGGGUUCACAGAUGCGUUGUUUGUUGAGACCGGCGGAGAUCUUGAGGUCCACAAGUCCGCUGGACCCGCAUGCGGUAGCGCACCUUCAUCUAGCCCCUCAAAUAAAUGUUGUGCGUUCACUAUCAGCACUCUCCCUCAGACUACCGUCGGGGACCCCAAUGAAUGGGCUGCUUCAUACCAGAUAUACGCAAAGAAAGUCUCCCCAGAUAACGGAGCUGCGGACAAGUCGCCUCCAGCACUUGAUCGAUGGUGGGAUGCAUAUCCGAAAGACUAUUUAACUUCUGGUGAAGUUGCAAAUCUGCUUCGCGACCCUGAUCGUUCAGACUAUGCUAUUAUUGACGUUCGGGAGAAUGAUCGCGAUGGUGGUCAUGUUCUGAGAAGCAUUCAGUGGCGAGCAGACGCGUUCGCUGGUUCAUUACAUAAGUUUUAUGAUGAGUACGGCAAGACCAACAAGGUGAUUUUUUACUGUGGAAGCUCCAAAGGACGGGGGCCUCGAUGUGCUGCUUGGUAUCAAGAUUACCUAAAUGGCAAAGGUAAUACGGAGUCGAAAGCUUAUGUUCUAGAGGGUGGAUACCACGGAUGGAAAUAUCCUGACCUGAUGGGUGGAACAAACAGUCUGUGAAAGGCUAUAUACAUAUAGGCAUCUGUCUAAGAGUGUCGAGGACCCUUGUGACACUACGAGUGAUUUAUGCGAUAUGCAAAUGUGACCUCGAACCCGUAUUCGGUUCUGCAAAACGGACAAAUGCUGGUCAAUGACACAACCACGUAUCGUACUAUACAGCAACGUUCACCCGCCACUAAGAUAAGGAAAAGAUCAAUUCAAGACGAUGUAAUCUCCGAGUAUCUCGUGGGCGCAAUACCACCGACCAUAAGCCCAGCACUUUGAAAUGUCUGCUGGCAAAUAAGAAUAUGGAAUUGGAACAUAAAGAAACUGCCAUUUCGAGAUAAUAUGACUCCGGCGGGCACUAGGUUCAUCAUAUACCC